CUCCUUUAUUUCCACCCUUGAACUCGAAUCACACGGGACGAAUAAUGGCACAUCAGCUGCUGGAGCUGCGCAGAAUCCCGCUCUCAGAGGUACCAAAUCUUCAACUUCCGACCCAAAAAAUACAAUCAGACGAAGCCGUUGAGGCAUGGAAAACGACCCGUGGUUACCAGGACUAUGCUUUGUAUUUGCGCCGACUCAAUGAAGCGGUAGUUGGAUGCACCCUCCCAUGGGAAAACCCAAAUACCAGCCAGGCAGUUCUAAAAUUAAUGUCCCUCUUGGAUAUUCUGGACAGCUGGGUAACAGAGAUCCCGCCGCUAAAAACACCCCAGAGAUUCGGAAACCUUGCGUUUCGUACCUGGGGAAAGCGUCUCGAAGAGGAGGCAGAUGGACUCCUUCUCUCUCUCCUUCCCACAGACUUUGCCCCGGUAAUUCCUCAUGUCCGACCAUAUUUUAUCUCCUCUUUCGGCUCUUUUAUGCGCAUGGAUUAUGGCACAGGACACGAGACGUCUUUCGCACUGUUUCUGUGCUGUCUGACACUCGUUCGUUUCCUUCAGCCUACUCCGGAGGAGGAGCGAGAUGUCGUACUUGACGUCUUUGUGAGAUAUCUUCGCCUCUGCUGGAGACUGCAGGAUGUUUACAUGCUUGAACCCGCCGGCAGUCACGGCGUGUGGGGACUUGAUGAUUCCUCGUUCCUGGGAUAUAUCUUUGGUAGCGGUCAACUUCGAGACCAGACUGAAAUAGCGGUAUCAGCAGUCCUCCACCCUCCGCUUCCUCCCACAAACUUGUAUUUUAUGUCGAUUAUGCGUAUUCAUCAGGUCAAGCAUGGUCCAUUUCAUGAGCACUCUUCCCAGCUUUACUCAAUAGCUAUUGGUGUACCCAACUGGGGUAAGGUCAACGCGGGAUUAUUCAAGAUGUAUGAGGCUGAAGUAUUGGGAAAAUGUGUGGUGGUCCAACACCUACCGUUAGGUGGGAUUCUGGACUGGGAUGGCCCCUCGGCACCGACGUCAUCCAUCCCUCCUUUAGAAAAGUCUUCGUCUGCCGCUUCUUACCAUCCUGUCCAGGCACCGUGGCUGCGAUCGCAAUCCGGAGCCGCUGGCCAAUCUAAUCAAUUUACAAUCUCCUCAACGUAUCCCACCAAGUCGACGAGGAGGUCUGGUGACCCAUAUGCUCCGUCUUCCUACGCCACAGGAACGGAGCCCAAUGGAGCCUCUUAUCGGAGAAGAUGAGAUUGCCUCCAACGGAAGGACCAGGGCUGAAAGGCGGAAUCUCGCAGAAAAUGCAAGGGGAACUCUAGCCGUACUGAUGUUCCGGUUGUAAAAUCUCUGUUUCCGCGUCUCACGUAUGGUCACGUCUGUUACCUAUUCACAGCCAGUCAGUCAUUUGGUCGUCUCUUCUUGUACCUACGUCGCUUUGGGGCAUUACAGCGUCCUUGAUUUACCCGUCUCUGAUGUUUUCAGGCAGCUCUGGCCGGGCCUGUUGAGCAGCUGGCAUAACAGAGGCGCGGUGCGUAGCGCCAUACAAAGUAUUCGUAAUUUUCCGAGUACCUAGGUAUUCCUUCACCACCGGUGGGGCAUCACCUUCACAUAAAUAUAAGAGGAUGUGAAGUCAGGGCAAG